GAAAAAAGCUCAAAGUUUAAUAAACUUACUGCUGCCUCCUGCAUAAACUUUCCUUCCCGACGUCACCGAUACAGGUGGGUCGCGGAGAGUCAAAGCCAUGGCUUCUCCUCAGACAAAUUCGCACCGGUUCUUUUUGCUGGCACUCGGCUCGACCGUUCUCCCCGGCGUGUCCGCCGACCUCCCCGUGCAUUGCCUACGGCAUCAAGUUGAGGGCGACUGGACCUUCUAUUUGUCCGAGCCGUCUCCGGAGCGGUCCUCCUGCGGCCAUGGGCGGCCAGACAACGAAAAGCGGGAGCCAAACCCGCGAGAUCUGGUUGUGGACAGUAACGCAGGAGGGGGAAACAGGCAGAUGAAGGUGUCGCUGUCCAUGCCCAACCGAGCCCAGACGGACACUGAUGUCGCCGGGACGUUUACCAUGAUUUACGACGAGGGCUUCGAAGUCGCCGUGGACAACAAAGUACUUAUGAACAGCCGAGUCUCCUACUCCAUCUUCUAAGAAUCUUUUCUGCCUUUUUUCCACCAACGACCUCGGUCGAGUGUCUCUUGCAAAAUCUUUUCAACUACAGAAAUACAUCGUCGUCAAAUCAUUCAUCCUGUCAGGUCUUCUUCGCCUUCUCGCGCUUUGACUUGGACGCACUGGGGCGCAACCAGACCAAAUGCGACGAAACGCUGACCGGCUGGUACCACGACCGAGACGGCGGCAACUACGGCUGCUACUACGGUCGAAAGAAUCAGUCUCCACAACUCCCGAACGACCUUUCGUCCUCAGAAGAGAGCAGCACCGCGAGCACUUCCUCAUCUCCGGAAGUGUCCAUGGCCUCGGACAAUAUGAACGAUCUGUUUUUGCACAGUCUCGGCCGGGAGGAACAAAGCACAAGCAAUUUGUUUGGACAUGAGGACAGCAGGACGCUGGACCAUACGUUUCACGAGUCGGUGGUGAACCGACUGAAUGAUUUCUCCGUUUUGCAGGAAACUGCUUCGACGAAAAGAACAGCCACGUCGCACAAGCGACUGCAAAAAUCGAAAUCUACCGGUGGAAAGACUUGGACGGCAGAGGUGUACGCCAACAUGGUCGGGAAAACCCGAAAGGAGCUGAACAAGAUGGCGGGGAUCAAGCGGCGGCUGCCGCUCGCGCAGGUGAAAAAGAAUCAGCGCCGGUUGCGGUCGACGAGUAAUGAAAGUACCACACUCGCCUCGUCGACAAGUUUUUUGCAAAGGGACGCCAGUACAACAACUUCUCAUACGACGCGUAGCAAAAUUUCUGACUUUUCGGAGCUUCCCCCAGAGUUCGACUGGGAAGAGAAAGGAGUGCUCGACGACGUCGUGAACCAGGGCGACUGCGGGUCCUGCUUCACGGUCGCGACGAUCCGCAUGCUGUCCGCGCGGAACCGGGUGCGGCAACGGAACAACAACCUGGAACCCUUUUCGAUCGCGUUUCCCCUGCACUGCAGUGAGUACAACCAGGGUUGCAACGGGGGCUACGCGUUUCUGCAGUCCAAGUGGUCGGAGGACGUGGGGCUGAUCCCGGCGAAGUGCAUGCAGUACAGCACCGCGUCGAGCUGCGCGGAUCCGAUUUCGCUCGACUGCGUCAAGGGCGGGGAGGGGGACGCAAACUCCGCGGGGUCGUACCGGGCCGUGAACCACCGGUACAUUGGCGGCUACUACGGGGGCAGCGACGAGCUGGACAUCAUGCAAGAACUCGUCGACAACGGGCCGGUCGUCGUGUCCUUCGAGCCCAAAGACGACUUCAUGUAUUACAACCAGGGAGUGUAUCAGUCGACUUCGGGUGCUAUGGUAGAGGAAACAUCGGGUACGGCCAGGGGGCUCACAUGAUGACCAUGAUGACGAAGAUGAUGUGAAAUUUUUAGGCUAAGCACGGCGAUGGGAAGCAUGAAGAAGUCAUGAAGUAUUCCAUUCAUGUGCAUGUGUGACAAGAACUAUUGGCUGUGACUUUUCCUCUGCACAAGCGAGCCCAUCCACCAGGAGUGGGAGCGGGUGGACCACGCGGUGCUGCUCGUUGGCUAUGGCGUCGAUUCCACCUCCGGCCAGAAGUACUGGAAGGUGCAAAACUCGUGGGGCCCGGAGUGGGGAGAGGGCGGCUUCUUUCGGAUUGCCCGGGGCACCAAUGACUCGGGCAUCGAGUCGAUCUCCGUCGCCGCGGACGUGGAGCCGAUGACACCCUCGAGCAGCUCGGUGCUGGAAAACUUCUUGAAAAACAGAAACGAGUUGUAAGGAACGAAGCUGCAGUCUUUUUUUUCUUUUCAUCCAGGGGUGCUGUUGUACUUAAAUGCACAAGAUUACUACAGCCCCGAGGACGGCGGGCGAACAAAUUUUAAACUGGCACAAUUCUGCCGAACCUUUUUUCCUUCGUUGAUAUCGAUCCAAAGCAAAAAUCUGUAAAAAUGUACGACCUGU